CACCAAUCCAUUCAUUCGUUCUUCAUUCGUUCUAUUUUUAUGGGAUGGAUUAAAAUAAAAUUGUUGUGUUAAUUGUUUUGUUGCUAAUGAGAUCACAUUUUUAUCAGCAUUAAUAAAUUAUAGGGAAACUAGGAUAAUAUGACGUCAAUAUUUGACCAGUACGAGCAGGCCUCACAAGUCUCGCAACGAAGUAAACCCGUAUCGGAAGCGAUGACAUCCUCUGGUUACAUAUCAAUGGAAAUGGAAGACAACACCCCAAUGUUUUCCAAACAGAAGAUGAAUUUCAAUCCAUCUGACACCAUAACGUAUGUCUCUGUUGCCAACGACUAUUUGGUUUUGGCCAUGGCUAAUGGAAAACUCUUCAGGCUGGAUUUGAAGAAGCCUGAUCAACAUGAAGAGAUUGAAUACACAAAGUAUAAUCCUAAUGUAAGGCUCACAGGCAUUUUCUUGGAUCCACUUGGAAAUCACCUUCUUCUGGCUUUUACUGCUAGGAAUAAAGAUGGUUCCCCUGAACUGGUAUACUUGCACAGAAAUAGCUCAAAAUUGAAAACCGUCAGUAAAUCUAGGAAUUAUGAAGUCACAGAAGUGGGUUGGAAUUAUGAGAACAUGUCUGAGAACAGUACUGGGCCCAUAUUGCUGGGGACAGCCCAAGGCCACAUCAUGGAAAUGGAGCUAGAAGCUGACAGUGAUAGAAUGUUGACUGCGAAUUAUCAAUAUUGGAGACAGCUGCCUAACUAUCUUUAUUUGUAUGGAAACAGAGAAAUGGAUGGACUGGUUAACCCAAAUAAACUAGAUAAAGGUAUAUUCGAUAUAGGCCGUGGAACUGAUAUGCCCAUUACAGGCAUUCAGUUCCAUAGAGUGGGUACAUCGAACAAGUUCUUCAUUUUCAUCACAACUCCUACUAGACUUUACCAGUUCAUUGGAAACGCAGUAACCAUUGACGGCAAGCCAUCUCUGCAGUCGAUAUUUUAUCCAUAUCUUACUACUCCUGAAACUGGUUUUCAAGAAAUCCCAUCCACUUUGAAAUAUUCUAGACUGCAGUUCUACUUUGAUAAAAAUAAUGUACCGAAAACUUUUGCGUGGCUAACGGAACCUGGUGUGUUUUAUGGGCAGCUGGAUCCUACUUCUCAACAAAACUCGAAUUCCCUAUUCACGCAAGGAGAACUAAUAAAUUACCCGCCAGAGUCGGAACCAAAAUCUGAAGCACCACUCGCGUUUGUGCUGACCGAGUUUCAUAUCCUUCUCAUGUACUCCGAUAAGGUCAAAGCCAUCUCACUGCUUAACCAGGAGCUUGUUUACGAGGAUACGUAUUCAGUGGCCCAUGGGAAACUGAAGAACAUUAUCAAAGAUCCCAAGAGGAGGACCAUCUGGGCAGUCACCGAUAAAGCUGUGUUUCGCUACAAAGUCGUCAGGGAAGAGAGGAACGUUUGGAGGAUAUACUGCGACCGAGAACAAUUCGAAUUAGCCAAAGAAUACUGUCACCACAACCCUGCGUUUGUUGACGUCAUAAACGUUAAACACGCCGAAUUGCUGUACUCAAAAGGCGAUUACGAAGGAAGCGCCAGAAUUUAUGCUGAGUCCCAAAGCAGAUUCGAAACUGUAUGCCUUAAGUUUUUAGAGAAGGAUCAGCUAAACGCACUCAAAGUUUAUCUGAGCAGUCGAUUGGAGGCUCUAGGAGAAGAAGAUAAGACUCUGAUUUCAAUGAUCGUGAUCUGGAUGACCGAGUUGUACCUGUCGCAAUUGGGACUCCUUCGGCGAUCAGGGAAAACGGAUUCGGAGCAGUACCAUCAGAUCCAAAGUGAUUUCGAAGUGUUUCUGCUGCAGCCGAAAGUGGCAAAAUGCAUGCAGCACGUGAAAUCCGUUAUAUACGACCUGAUGUCGUCGCACGGCGAUAAACAGAACCUGAUCAAGCUUACCCUGAUCAACGAGGAUUAUGAAAAUGUCGUAGCUCAGCACAUUUACAAAAAAUCUUACCUGGAAGCUUUGAAAAUGCUGCAAACUUUGAAGAAACCGGAUUUGUUUUAUCAGUUUGCGCCCGUUCUGAUUGAAGAAACGCCCAAGCAUGCGGUGAACGCUUUGAUAUCGCAAGGGGCCAGAUUGAAUCCCGCCAAAUUGUUACCGGCUUUCCUGUCUUGUGAUUCUGACGAAGUGCACGUGACUGAAAUCAUAAGGUAUCUGGAGUUUAUGAACCAGAACUACAAUGUCAAGGACAAAGCAAUUCACAACUAUCUUUUAACUCUGUACGCGGAAUACGACAAUAUCGCCCUGAUGAAGUACUUGGAGCGGCAGGGGCCCGACGUGACCAUGGUCAACUACGACGUGCAUUACGCAUUAAGAUUGUGUCGCGAGAAGAAUUUGUCACAAGCGUGCGUGAAGUUGUCCGCACUGCUGGAGUUGUGGGAGGCGGCGGUAGAACUGGCGCUACAAGUGGAUCUGGCGCUGGCCAAGACAAUCGCUGACAUGCCGCAAGAUACGGAGACGCAGCGCCAGAUGUGGCUCAACAUAGCGGAGCACGUGAUCACCAAGAACCAAGACCUGAAGGAAGCCAUGAGCUUCCUCAAGGAGUGUCCUCUGAUCAAGAUCGAGGACAUCCUGCCGUUCUUCAGCGACGUGGUAACCAUAGACCAUUUCAGAGAACCCAUCUGCCAAUCGCUUGAGGAAUACAACAACCAGAUAGAAGAACUGAAAUCCGAAAUGGAAGACGCUACGAAAUCUGCUGAAUAUGUGCGCGGUGAGAUCGUUUCGUUCCGUGGUCGAUCCGCAUUGGUAGCAGCUUCGGAAGCCUGCAGCCUCUGCGAUAUAGCUUUGUUACUGCGGCCCUUCUACCUGUUUCCUUGCGGUCACCGGCUGCACGCCGACUGCCUGCUGGCUGAAGUGCAGCCCUCUCUGGGGCCCGCGCGUCGCAACAAGCUGUCAGAACUGCAACGUCAACUGUCAGUAUUGUCAAACAUAGAGCUAUCGACAGCGACAUCUAGCGGGUUGCCUCUACGGGAAGUUCUGCGCAACGAACUGGACGAUAUUGUGGCGAGUGAAUGUGUGUUCUGUGGCGAAUAUAUGAUCAACUGUAUAGACAAACCUUUCAUUGCGGAUGAGGACUGGGACCGCGUUAUGAAGGAAUGGGAGUAAGAAGUGGUUAGCGCGUU